GUCGUAUAGCAUAAUGUCAGGCUCAGAAUCAUCUUCCCUUAAGAGUGCUCCUUGUUUUCUGUCAAUGUUGGCAUCUUCAUCUGUACCAGAAAAUGAAGAUGCUACAUUCUCCUGCAAGAUUUCUGGCAAUCCCAAACCAGAAGUAACUUGGUACCAGAAUGGACAAGAUAUCAAUGAACAAAAAAACAUUUCCAAUUAUGAAAUACUGGAGGAUAAUGUGAACCACAUCUUAAAACUGUUUGGGUGCACAGAGGAACAAGCUGGAGUUUAUCAAAUCGUGGCUAGGAACUGUUUUGGAAUGGCUCAGUCUUCAGCAUUUCUUAAAGUGAUUCCUGGCAACAAAUUUGAACAGUAUCCAACAUUAUGCCAAAGUCCUACAGCAGAUGCAGAAACUUGCAAAACAAAUGAAGAAACUGUAUAUCAUCAGGAAAACUCAAGCGAAUGUGUGCAGGAUAAAGAAGAACCGACAGAAGAAAGCAAUUCAGUCCCCAAAUGUUUUCUUUCUUUAGAACUGGCAGAACCUCCUGCACCAGAAUCCUGUGAUUUAUAUGCAAUCCCAGAGCUAGAAACAAUAGCAGAAACAAUUAUGGAUUGUGAAAAUCAGUACAUAAAUAUUCCCUGUCCAGAAAACAAAGUAGAACCCUCAAAUGUACCAAGUCUAAAGAAAAACGAUUACAGCAUUUUGGGCAUGCUCCAAACCAUAUCUGAUCUCUUUAUUUAUGAUGAAAUGGCUAUGGACAUUACUGAAGGCAAGGCAAAUGAAUUCAGCAGCUCACAAACAGAUGCCAAACUAGCAAGUCAAAUAAGUGAUCACACAGACAGCUGUUGCUUUAAUGCUGAAGUCUUAGCUGCUUGUCAGACAACCGAAUAUGCCAAGACACAUGAAAAGGGUAGCUUGAAUGAAUGUUUGGAAAAAGGCGCACUGUUUGGGAAUUGCACAAAUGCUCUCCUGGAAAACCAGACUUACUUUUUAGAAAAUCCCACCACAAAUGUUGUCAACGAUAUUGAGCUUCACUCAGGUGGAAGCUUUAGUACAGCAGAUGAAGAUGAGGAUGAUCACCUUGAAUACUUUGAAUGUCCCGAGGUGAUGACAAAGGAGGCAUGCCAGAACUGGGAUGAGAAGCUGAAAUUCCUCUUGGAAAGUGAGGAGGAGGAAUAUGACUUCAUUCUGGGUAGUGAUUGUGAUGGGUGUGCUUACUUCCUCGGUGAAAUGCCUUGCCUGUUUCAAGUGUCAGAUAACACUGUGCCUAUGGAUGCCACCAUUGGCUUCUGUGGUCAUCAGUCAAAAUCCAAAGAAGUAGCUGUCAAGUCUGGGAGCGACCCCACCGCAUACAGUGCAUCAACCUUUCAAGCAGGAAUGACUCUCACUGUUGGGCAACAGCAAAGUAAAACUUCCACCAUGAAGGACAAAGAGAAGUACAAGCCGCCUGUGGCUUCCAUGGCAAUUGAAAAUGAUUAUCCCAGAGCAGAAGAAGAAAACCGUAGCAAGAAUCACUCAACAUUGGACGUUUCUAUGAUUUGUUCCCAAGGAAGAGAAAAUGGGAUUUUGGGGAGGAAAAGCUCUACUUGUGACUUGGGCGAUUCUGAGUCUUCAGCUUCAGCAGGCAAGAAAAAUACAGAUGGAGGCGUCUCUCGGAAAAACGUGCGACAGUUAACAAAAUUCAGAAAGAAAGCGACUGAAGGAAAACCCAAUGUCAAUGUGGCAAGUUUGACAAAAACUUCAAAAGACGCUUCACAUGUGUUUCAUCCCCAAGAGCUGCACGCUUCUGCAAUUCGCACAGUUCAAAUAGGAAGAAGUUACUUGGACUCAGCUACAGAAAUUCACAGACCAGGAAAAAACGUUCCAACCCAAAGAAAACAGGAUAUUGCAAAUACUUCAAAUGAGAUUGAUUUGCUUCAUGGGAAAAGAAGAGAUAAAAGUGGUCCAUGCAAAGGCAAAUGGAUUCGAUGCCUAUCGGAAGGAAACCAAAUGCCAAGUGAAAAUGCCACACUUAUGGCAGAACAGCAAGAAACAGAUAUUAAAAAUACAACACCAAACAGCCGUGGCCUAAAACUGUUGAUAACAGAGCCCAUAUUAAAUGAGAGGUCGGUUUUCGCAUCUUCUCCAGCAAAAAGUGUAACUACAGAUGGGAAAAAUGUGGAUUUGGAAAAAGCUGCUUCCAAAAAUAUGGACAGACCAGGGUUGGCGAACACUGCAGGGCUUUAUGUACCCAACAGAACUUAUAGCAAUGAUAAGCAGAAGCCAUGCUGGAAUCAAAACCAUUCUGCCAUGGCCACAAAUGAUUUGGCAAGUCACAAUAAUGUGCCUGAUGACUUGAGUCACCUCAAUGCAGCUUCCAGGCAAGGAGCCAUAUGUGAUAUUCCAAUGCCCAUGGCCAUGCCUGCUAUGCAAAUGGAAAGAGUAAAGGCAAGUGGAGAAAAGUCCAAUGAAGUCAAUGAGGUAAAAACAGCUCACGGCAUUCUGCGUGCCACAGACACAUCCAAAAGAAAUUUCCAAAGAGCCUUGGAACCUAAGGUUGGAGAUGAUGAUUUGUCAUUGAUGCAUGAGCAGUUACAGAAACUUCUUUAUGAGGAAGAAGACUGGGCCUAUGACUUCCCUUGCUCAAGUGGUGGCAUUAUAGCAGCUGGGACCGACCCUGCCAAGGAGGUCAGGGGAUGGAACAUAACUGGGGAUAUAAGUGCUGAGCGGCCUGUGCCAGGAAAUUUAAUAGAAGAUAAUCAGCCUGACAGAGAAUUGGCAUCAGCAGUGAAAGUCCACAAGGAUUUGAACAGCCUUCUAAAAACAGAGAGAGGGUGUAGCUCUACAUCCACAGACAAGAACACUCUUAUACUACCUGCAGAUAUAGGUGUCAUGUCUUUGUGUUCUGACUUUAGACUUAAGACAGAAAAAAUACCCCCAUAUCUUUUAAGCAGUAGUCUCCAAAAGGAAAGGAAUCUGGAGGGUAAGCACAAUGAAACAGAGUCCCAUCACAAUGGAUCUGUUGAGAUUGCCUCUUAUCCAGGAGAAGAGAUCACAUCCAAUAGCACUCUCAGUUUGUUAGGAACAGAAUCUCCUUUCAGAUUGACAGACACCCCAGGAUGCCUUUUAGACUAUAGCAAAGAAUUUUUACCAACAGUACCUGCUAAAUGUCUGGACCAGUUGUCUUCCAUUGAACAGUCUGUUCAUUGCCCAAGUGGCUAUGCAAGAAAGCAGGGUGUUGCGAUUCCUGCUGAAGAGUUUCAUGUUGCACCAAGAACAUCAAGAAUAAAAGAAUGUGCUCAGAUUGCGGAGCUUUUGUUGAAAGAGGAUUCAUUUGCUAAUUUAUCUGGCAAAUAUAUGGAUCCAUUUACAAAUGAAGAACAUUCUUCAGUUGCAAUGGUUGAUCAAAAUGCGGAGGAGAAAUUUCAGGAGAAAAUAACUGAAUCAGAAUUGAAUGCACAAAGUGACAGUAAUUAUGGCAUUUACCAUGUUUUGAGUGAUAACAAUAAUCAAAAUGUUCAGGCUAAACCUGACGCAUGGAAUUACAGCUAUCACGCACAAGGGCAUAAUUCAGUUAUAACCCCUGAUUGGGAUAGGCCAGAAAAUACUGGCCAAACAAACAAAAGCAAAAAUCAACCCAUAUUCACAGCAUCGUAUAAGAUUAGGUUCUUGACUGAAAUUCUGUUGGACAUAAAUGGAAAUGAUGAAAAUAAUGUCAUCUGGGAACACAGAGAGUUUGAGGCAAACAGAGGACAAACUGACACAGAGUCCAAAAGGGUUUUAAAGAUGCCAGUAUCAGAUUCACAAGAAAAAAUAUCAGAAAAGCAGUGUGGCACUGACUGUCACAUUUGUGAGAGGGACAAAGAAUUAGGAUUAGAUUCUGCAUGCUUUCCAGCUCAGUCUUACAAGCCAGCUGUUUUAAACAGUGAUCUCUCAUCAUGUAUUGUCAGAAAUGAGUACGAUCAUACGGGACGGGACAGGCAGAAUACUAACACAACAAUUUGUAAUCAGGAUGAGAUUCCAAAAAAUGUGUAUGAAGGUGAUACUCCAAAUGCACUGGUGAUAAUUGAAAGUCCAGUGCAAAGUGAGCUUCUACAGACUGGAAUUAAGAAGGAUAAGGAUAUAAAGACACCUGAAAUGUGGCAGAAUCAGUACCAAAUGGCAGAAGAUAAAAGUGAGACUCAGGCAAUUCAGGGUGAAAGAGAAAGACAGAUGUCUAUUACACAUGAUUGUGAAGAUGUAGAAAUAGAACCUUAUAUGAGGGCUUUAAUUGAUUCAGAACAGAUAUAUUCUUGGCAUGGCAUCAAUGAAACACAGCAGGAAGAGUGCCAAAAGGUAGAAGGAGAUAGUCAGGCUGAAAUAACCUCUUGUGAAAGAGGUGACAGGGAAAGCAAAGAAUCCAUUGAGUGUAACCUAGAGGAAGUUGAAGUGGAGCCAUAUAUGAGGGCACUCCUUAAUUCAGAACAGAUAUAUUCUUGGCAUGAUAGCACACCCUCUGUGCCUCCCUCCAUGGCCCCUGGCAGUGAGCAAACUGGUGCGUCUGUUGGAGGAUUAGCCGGGGGAUGUGUGAUUACAUCUACAGGCCCUAAUCAAGCUGAAGCAUUCAGAAACAGCGAGAGACAAAAGCUAAGUUCACCAGCGAAUGCAACUGGAGAGUUAGGCAGCACCUUGCCUUCUGCCACUGAAAACAGAUGUCAUUCUGAGGAAAAGCCAGGGGCACAGGUCAAAAACAAGCCAUACACUUCAGGAGCACAGAAAGAAGAGAAGACAAGGUUGCAGGAGGCAUCCAAACUUUGCAAGCCGCCCACCCCUCCCAUCAGUGUUGAAGACGUCAAACGUAAGCAGGAGAUGGUCAAGAAAAAGAUAACGCCUAAGGUACAAAUUAAGAAACAGCGUCUCGAAGUGAAAGAAAAUGUCUAUAGCAAUGCCAGCUGCAUUAAAAAACCUGCAAAAGCUGAGGCAGAUGUCACUCACAAGGAAGAAAAGAGAGAAUUACGGAAAGUGCCUUGCAAAAAAGACAGCAAAGCCCCCAAACUGCUGAAGAAUAUCCAAGCAGAACUAUUCCCUGAUUUCUCUGGCAAUAUCAAACUAUGCUGCCAAUUUGGUGACAUCCAUGAAGACUCCACCAUUACAUGGACAAAGGACUCUAAGCUACUUGCUCGAGUUCACAGAAGUGCAGGUGAUGACGUUCCAGUAUCUUUGGCAAUAGUUCAAGCUGGGAAAAAAGACCAAGGACUGUAUCAUUGCUGCUUGAAGAAUAUGUAUGGAAAAGCCACUGCUGAAUUUAGCCUCACUCCUGAAGUGUUAGAACAUCUUUCCAGUUUUCAGGAUGUUGAAGGCUUGGAAGAAAUUGAAUUCCUCGAACUUAUGUUCAAAGAAGACUUCAUCUGCGAUAGUUAUUUGAGUAAAGGCCUGCAAGGGAGGAUCACCACAGAAGAGUUACAUUUUGGGGAAGGGGUCCACCGAAAGGCUUUCCGAAGCAAAGUCAUGCAAGGCUUGGUGCCUGUGUUCAGCCCCGGCCACCCCUGUGUCCUGAAAGUACACAAUGCCAUCGCUUAUGGGACCAGGAACAAUGAUGAACUUGUCAAGAAGAAUUACAAGUUGGCAUUGCAGGAAUGCUAUGUUCAGAACACAGCGAGGGAGUAUGCCAAGAUAUAUGCUGCUGAAACAAAACCACUGGAAGGCUUUGGAGAAGUGCCAGAAAUCAUUCCUAUUUUCCUUAUUCAUCGUCCCAAGAAUAACGUCCCUUAUGCAACAGUGGAAGAAGAGUUGAUUGGAGAAUUUGUGAAAUAUUCUAUUAGGGAUGGUAAAGAAAUAAACUUCACGAGAAAAGACUCUGAAGCUGGCCAGAAGUGCUGCACAUUUCAGCACUGGGUAUACGAAAGAACUAGUGGCAGCCUGCUUGUAACAGAUAUGCAAGGUGUCGGAAUGAAACUGACUGACGUUGGCAUAGCAACACCAGCCAAAGGGUACAAAGGUUUCAAAGGCAAUUGCUCCAUCUCAUUCAUCGACCAGUUUAAGGCCCUUCACCAGUGUAACAAAUACUGUGAGAUGCUCGGACUGAAAUCCCUUCAUGCCAACUCUCAGAAGCAGAAGAGGCCAAAUGUCCCUAAAGCCAAGCCACAAUCAAGCUCAAGUACUACUCUCAAGAAGACGGUGGGCAGUGCGCCUGCGGCCAAGAAAACAUAGGAGCUCCAGUUCCCUUCCAAAAGAAACAUCAUCUUUGCAAAAUGAACCUUCUGGGAAUGUGCAUUGCAUUUUUCAGAACAGCACACACUGGAAGUGGCAUGCCCGUAGUGUAUUCAACCAUUUUAUACAAGUGACUAUAAGACCAUGAAAUGGUAGAGUAGGGAGAUAAGAUCAUCCAUGGCUGGAUAUUUGAAGAGUUCAGCACCCCAACACCAAGUAUAGUCCUGUGUGUAGACUCUAUAAGAAGACUGAGAGUGGUGACAUGGAUGGAAUUGCCAUUUGUUCUUGGAAGGUUGUGUUGAAUUUGGACUGUCAGGGGAAAUUGCCCUGAGCUGAUUCCCCCUCCUCAUGUAAUUCAGAUGCUAAGUAGAUAAGUAUAGAGGGAGGAUAGUUCAACGCACAUGAGGUGCUGGGCAUACACUGUACUCCAUCAAAAAUAUGUGUUAGCCUGAUACACACUUCAAAAGGAAAAUGCAACAGCUGUUAUUGUUAGAUGUUUCUGAAUGCUUUCUUUUCGGAUUGAUAUAAAGGAUGGCUGAGUGACUGAGGGACUGACCUGUGGACCUUAAUUUAUUUUAAUUUAGUUCAAAUUGCAUUUGCACUGGUAUUCAAUGUUGACAGUUAUGUCAAAGAUAUGAUAUAGUAUUUAAAACAGUGAGAUUCACCCAGGUAAUCUGGGACUACCUGGAACUCAUGACCACAAAACCUUAUUUGUGGCUCUCCAUCCCCUGAUCUUGUCCCUACUUCUAGCCUUAAGGCCUACAGCUACCCACCAAUUUCUGCGUAGCAAGACUACAGCUGGAGAAACCACAUACUCGGCUCUUAAAAUCUAAGUGUUAGAUAAUAGUCACUUUUUAGUGGUAACUGGGAUACCCUCCAACAGUUCACUGAUAAAAACUGGAAUAUGUGUGGCCAGGAAUCAUCAGAAUAUGAGUCAGAUGUCAAAAGUUUUUAAUAAGGAAGGAAAUGCAAGAAGCUAGGAGAAGCUGCAGUCUUUUGCUUUGGCUGAGCCUACAGGAAAGGCAGAAUUUUGCGUUUACCUCCCUUCUCCUGCAACUGAGUGCAAUUACGUUUGCAUUUUGAAUUAAGUUUGCAAUUAAGCUGUGAGAGCUGUUCAGCAGUGGAACUCUCUGCCUCAGAGUAUGGUGGAGGCUCCCUCUUUGGAAGCUUUUAAACAGAGGCUGGAUGGCCAUUUGUCAGGGAUGCUCUGAAUGCAAUUUUCUUGCUUCUUGGCAGGGGGUUGGACUGGAUGCCCCAUGAGGUCUCUUCCAACCCUAUGAUUCUAUGAAAGUAAACCAAGGAUAAAGGGAGAAAUGAGGAAGAGGAGGAGAGAGAAACUAGGACAAAGUAAAAGCAGCUGAAAAAUUGGGAUGACACAAGAUUAAUUGGGACUGUUGGAGGGUGUGAGCUGGCAUGCAAGUGUGGGGGAAAAGCAAAAGAGAGGUGUAGGUUUGCUGUGCAUGUAUGAAGAUGUUGUUAACAUUAGCAGCAGAAAAUAUUUUGAUGGGUCAGUGUAAUUCCAGCCUUAAGUCCUAAAGCGAUCCACCAACAGUAGUUUGGAGAGAUGCAGUGGGAAAAAAUCUGAGCGACAUCAGAUUUGUCUUGUUGUGUUUCACAAUGGCCAGCACAUCGUUACUAAUGAGUUUUGAAAACUGUGUUUUUAUUAUAAAUGUAUUUUAAUUAUUGCUUUUAUUUUGCAUUUUAAUUGUAUUUUUGUAUUCAAUGUUAUUGUGAUUCCUGUUUUCAGGAGAAAGGUGUGAUAUAAGUCUAAUAAAUAAGUAAAUAAAUGCUGGGCAAGAAGGGUGCUAUGGUUUUGAA